GCGGCCGCGCGGCCACGCCCCCCGCCGCGUGCGGCUCGUUCCCGCCUCCUCCCGAGGCCUCUGAGGGGACCCGGCGCCUUUUGGGGGGUCCCGGGGGGUUUAAUGGGGGGGGGUUCUCCUCAUGGAUCAACUGAAACACCCCCCCAACCCCCACCCCGGUACCGGCUUCACCGCGGGGGCGGCCGAAAACACCGUUAUUGCCCUUAUGGACACGAUUUGUGACAGGAAAACCCAUCGGCAAAGCAGCAAACGCUUCCGAGUCCUCCUUGGCUGUUUAUUUUAUACCUUUUUUUUACAAAACAAGCAGGAAAUCGCCACAACCGACGUCGAACGGGUUACGGCACCUGGAACGCCGGCGCCACCAACGCUCAGGGUACCUACGCGGCCAACGCGCCGAGCUGGCAAGGCUAUGAAGGCUACGACUACUACAACCCCCAAACCACGGCCGCCAACACCGCGGCCACUUACAACUACGCGCCCGGCGGCUCCGGCGCCUGGGAGACGCCCAAGGGCGCGGAGCUGGGGCUGAGCGCCGGCGUGGCCGCUGCCAUCCCGUCCUACGGCGCCGAGCCCGCGCCCGCCGAGAGCUCCGACUCCAUCAUCGCCAAGAUCAACCAGCGCCUGGACAUGCUGUCCAAGGAGGGCAGCGCCGCCGGCGACGGGCUGGACGAGCAGGAGAGCUCCUUCCGCUUCGAAUCCUUCGACUCGUACGACUCGCGGCCCUCGCUCAACGACCGCGACGUCUUCCGCCCCGGCUACGACUACGGCGACGCGGCCGCCGAGCGCGGCGACUCCUUCGGCGGCCAAUUCGACGCCCGCCGGGAUCAAUCCCGCAACAGGGGGAACAACUACGGGCUGAUCCGCGGCCGGGGCCAGAACCGCGCGCCGAACCGCGGCCGCUCCGGUGGAUUCAACCGCUCCGAGCACUUGAUGCCGUCGUCCAGCUCCGAGCGGCUCUCGGCGCGGUGGAACGAGCUCAACUACAUGGGCGGGCGCGGGAUGGGCGGCGGCGGCUCCAACCGCCUCCCGUCCCUCUUCUCCCAAGCGCUCGUCCCCGAUUACGGCGACUACGGCGAUUACGGUGACUAUGGGGAUUACGGGGAUUAUGGAGAUUACGGAGAUUACGGCGAUUACGGCGACUACGACUACGGAGCCAUGGGGAUGGCGGGCAUGGGCCGGUACGGGAACGCGCCGUACGGGAUGGGGCGGCAGCGCAGCCGGGAGCGCGCGGGCGCCGCGCCAUGGCACCUCAGCACGCUCGCCCCCAAGAGAAGAGGCUUCCGGAGCCGCUCGGGCGGGCGCCUGGAGGGCGACGGAGCCCGCAAGCGCAAACAGUCGCAGAGCGGCGACGAGCCCGACAGCAAACAGGCCAAGAGCGACAGCGACGCCGACGACUCCGACAACGCAGACGAAGGCGACGGGGAGGACAAAUCCGCAGACGAAGCCGACAAAGCAUCUGGUUGUGAAGAUGAUGAUGAGGAGGUGAAGAAGAAGAGGGAGAAGCAGCGGAGAAGAGAUCGGAUGCGGGAUCGCGCUAUGGACAGGAUCCAGUUUGCCUGUUCCGUCUGCAAGUUCCGCAGUUUUGAGGAGGAGGAGAUCCAGAAGCACCUCCAGAGCAAGUUCCACAAGGAGACCCUGCGCUACAUCGGCACCAAGCUCCCCGACAAAACCGUCGAGUUCCUGCAGGAAUACAUCGUCAACCGGAAUAAGAAGAUCGAGAAGCGGCGCCAGGAGCUGACGGAGAAGGAGGGAACGAAACAGAAACCGGAUCCUUUCAAGGGGAUCGGCCAGGAGCAUUUCUUCAAGAAGAUCGAGGCCGCUCACUGCUUGGCCUGCGACAUGUUGAUCCCGGCGCAGAACCACCUCCUGCAGCGGCACCUGCGAUCCGCCGACCACAACCGCAACCGCAGGAUGGCGGCCGAGCAGUUCAAGAAAACCAGCUUACACGUCGCCAAGAGCGUCUUGAACAACAAACACAUCGUCAAAAUGCUGGAGAAAUACCUCAAGGGGGAGGAUCCGUUCACGGACGAGAUCGGCGAUCAGGACGUGGACGACGCGUUGGACGGCGCUGCCGCCGAACCGCCGGCGAGCGCCGAGGGCGACGCCGAAGCCACCGAACCGCCCCAAAUUGCGCCGGAAUCACCGAAACGGGAGGAAUUCCUCAAGAAUCUGGGCGAGCAAAACCAGCUCCUCAUGCCGCCCUUCCUGCAGGACGACGAGCCGGAGGAAGUGACGUCAGAGGUGACGACGUCAGAGGUGACGUCAGCGGUGACGCCGGAAGCCGCGCCGCCCGCCGAAAACACCGAAAACCCCCCGAAAUCACCCGUUUCUCCCCAAAACGAACGCGAGGGGCGGGAUGAGGAGAGCGGGAACGCCGCGGCGCCCGCCGAAUAACUGUGGAUAGGUGAUUUCCCGCCGUUUUCCAGCGAAAACACCCAAAACGGGGCCAAUUUGGCUUCUAAUUAACGGGAGGGCCACGCCCACUUCGUUAGGGACCAGCCCAACCCCCUCCCGUUCCGCUUCGUUUGCCGCCAAUUCCGCGUUCCCGCUGCUUUUAGGACGAAAAGCGCAGGAAUUGACCCCAAAAUCCCCCUCCCCCCCCCCCUCUUGGACGCGGCAUUUUGGGGCGAAUUUAGAAAGAAAAAGGUAAUUAAACAACAAUUUGAGCUUUG